GGGAGCUCACUGAACAACCGUUAUCACACAAUUAUAGAUUCGAACAAAUUGAAGCAUCCAGCUCAGCAAUUGAACUGUUAGAGACACAGCUAAUAUUAGCACUGACUAGUCAUGAAUUUGACAAAGAAAAUGAUAACAGCGAAGAGGAUAAGAGUGUGGUUAGGUCACUAAACCAUGAAGAAGAUUUUAAAUCAGAUUCCCAUUUCCUCAGGCCAAAUCAGACCUAGGAGUUGGAGGGAAGAAGAUGUCGGAGACCUCCUGCAUAGAUUAGACUCAAAGGAUACCUCAGACCGAUGGAUACUUCAUUUUAUCUUCGUAGUGCUAGCUAUUGAGAACUCGAAGGAGCUAUCUCUCUUAGCCAAGAGAAAUUGUAACAAUCUGAACUCAGAUCCAAAGCUAGGGAGUCAAAUUAACUCUGCAAGAGAUUAUUUAUUUUCCCACACUGAACUCUCUGGUAAAGCUGUUGAGCAUUGCAUGGAGGUGAAUAGCUAUGAAGCAAUCUCUUACUUGGUUCAAAACUUAGAUGCGAUAUACAUUACUCCAAUUGUGAAGUACUCCUAUGUGAGAAAAAUGGCUAUAAAUUAUUCUAAUACAAAGGACAUCAUCUCAGUCAUGGUCAAGAAUAAAGUCCAAGUUCGAAAUUUAGAAAGUAUGGAAGAAGAAUCGUUAGAUCAGCCAUUAGAAAUAAAUUCAGAAAUGAAAUCAGCAGAAAGUAUCAUGACAAUUGAAAAUAGGAAAAGAUUAAAGACCGUCAAAGAAUCCAUAAAUGAAGACUCAGAGUUUGCACGUGAAGAGUCUAAAGGAGAGGAAAUGUUUACUACUAGCUUCCAAAAAGCUUCAGAUGAAAGAACUGUACCACAAAGCUCGAGACCUCUUAUUACUACUCAAUUGAAAGAUCUUCCUGCACCACAGACAACCUUCUGAGUGUAUCUUGAAUCAGAAGUGAUAUUGGAGACAAUAUUCAGAUCGAAUUUAUUUUCUACAAGUGAAGAAUUCUCUAUAUUAACUGAUUUCUUCCAAGAUUUUAGUAAACUAAAACCCUCAAACAAGAUCAUGCUGAUCAGGCUAUUAAUAACAUACGAGAAGAUCGAGCUAAUCCAUCGAAUUUUAGAAAUCUUUCAGAACAUGAAUACAAAGAGAGCCCAAUAUGUUGGAUACAGUGGAAUUGUCUCAAUGAAUCUUUCAACUAUCAAUAAAGCUCUGGAAACUCCUGAAGCAAUUAUUAGAGGCUUUAUUCUUGAGCUAGUGUUCAGUAUUAUCGAUUAUGGAGGCAUGUUCUUCCUUGAGGAUAUCCUUCAUCGUUUCAAGAGUUUGAUAGAGAAUAACACCAUUCCUAUAAUAAACAGAAUCGUCCUCUCUAUUGAGAAAAAGUAUGAAAAUCAAGAGCCAAUAGUCUAUGCAGAUUACUAUUUUAGCAGUAUCUUAACACUCUGUGAGAUCGGAGUUGCAGAUAUGAAAUCUAUUCAAGAUUUGAUGAGUGUAAUGAGUAAACUCCUCAAGCAAGAACCAAAGAUAAAUUUCUUGGCCAACUGUUAUAACCCAAUCAAAAUCUUCAUUGAUAUAGCAAGAAUGCUCGAGAGAAUAGGCCAAAUCUUCCAUAACUUUGAUGAGGAAGUAAAGAUCCUCACAUCAAAAUUUGAAGCAGUAAUUAUCAGAAUAAUUGAUGAAAGAGAAAGCUCAGAUCAUUUAAGAAAUUGGCUUUAUCAGGAUUAUAACUCUUCCUUCAAGAUACUUGAUUAUAUUGCCCACUUUGAGUUCCUUAAUAUUCUGAACCAUCCUAAGAUGAUUAAAACAGUUGAGCAAAUGUGGAUGGGGAAGUAUGACUUGAACAUUUUCUCAUUGUCAGAUGUCAACUACUUCCUUCCUUUCAGAAAUGAAACUCUCUCAGCUAGUUACGGAAUUAACGGAGAAGAGGCUCUUGCCAUCAUUCGACCUGGCCAUUGCUUGGGGUUUUACAAAUACCCAAUUUGGAGCAUUAGCAUAAAAAUAAAACAACUUGCGGAAGAAUCUCGCAAGUUUGAAGCAGGCGCUGAGAAAAUAUUAAUGAAAGGAGCAAGAUGGGGAUUUUCCUUCUUUAAAGAUUCCAUGUACUUCCAUUACAAUAUUGUCUUCUUGAUCGAUCUUGUGAUAGGAAUUUUAAAUUCAGUAAUUUUUGGGCUGGUAAUCUACGAACAAGCCAACAUGACUAAUACUUAUGAAAACAGGAUUAAAAAUCAGACAAGUCUUGCUGAACUUGAUGCAGCUUACUCGACUCUUGAAGCACAAGGUCAAAGAUGGAGAGAUUAUUUCAUUUCAUUUGUUGUGUUUACAGCAGUCUUCAACGUCAACUUCACUCAAGAUGUUCUGAUCUAUCUUUCCUUCAUAAUUCGUAAGAUAGAUCGUAAGAAUUUGAGCACUGUUUUUAAGUGGAUCAGCGUUGCAGACUCUAUCUGAGUCCUUUGUGCCUAUGUUCUCUAUGUUCAGUUCUCUACAGUUUACAGCAAGAAUCGAGAUAUCUAUAGAAUAGAGGAGAGAAACUACAGAAUGAUGAUUGACUCGAGAGAUGGAAAUAUAGAUCCCUUCUCUUUAAUGGUUAUCAUUAUCAUAUGUAUUAGUGUCAGAAUAUUGCUUAAUCUGGUAUACAACACCUUAUUUGGCUCAUUUGUGCAGAUAGUCAUAAAAAUGGCAAAAGAUUCCUUUAUUUUCCUGUGUAUUUAUACAAUAGUUAUCGUAGUAUUUUCCUUGAUCGGUUCAGCAAUGUUUUAUGAUAUCGACCAAUUUAGCAACUUCCUUGAAGCCUUUGUACACCUCUAUGAAUCUGCUUUGGGAGGAUUCGACUUCUCCAUUUUCGAAGAUGGUACAGUUUCAGAACCGUUCGUCGGAAAGAUCUUUAUUGGAGUUUACUUAUUGGUCUCAGCUAUCCUCCUUCUCAACUUCCUGAUUGCUAUUAUGUCAGAUACCUAUGCUGCCUUGAAGGAUUAUAGUAUCGGAAUGAAGAUGGCACAAGUUAUCAAAAUCAGGCCUAUUUAUGAAGAUCAUCCACAAUUCUCUUGUAUGGUAAAAAGCUUACCAAUCCUAAAUUUUGUAGUGCUAGUCAUGCUUCCUUUCAUUUUAAUUUGUCAGUCAAGAACUCUGAACAGCUUCCUUCUCAGAUUUGAAUUCCUUAUCUUCCAGUUCUGAUUAAAGAUAAUGCUCUUACUAAUAGGUAUCCUUCUGCUGCCAUUUAUCAGCUUGUACUUAAUCUAUGAAAAGGCAAGAAGUAUUUGAUUCUCAAAGCAAAACAGAGUUAGCCCAAUCUGGGCAUUUAUUGACCUGAUACUUCUCUUCCCUCUGUGCACUUUUAAUGCGUUCUAUAUCCUCGUUUACUGGCUAGUGGUUUCAACCCUUCAUGAGAACUUGAGUAAAAACAUUCUCAAAGUAACUGAGAUUUUUAAAGAAGAUUUUAUCAGCAUUAACCAAAAAUGUGAUAAAUCUUAUGGCAAUGAGGAAGACGAUGAUCAUAACCUUGACUUAUAUUUCUUUAAGAAAUCUCUGGGAACUGAACUGAAGAUAGAAUAUAAUCCAUCUAACAUGAUGUUGGCAGAAACGACGGUGGCCAUUCUCAUAGCUGUCCUAAAGGAAUCGGAAGAUCAUGCUAAGAAGCUUGGAAAGAAUUAUAUCCCAACUUCUUAUAUCAUCAGAAAUUUAAGAAAAUACAUGUUUAUUGAUUCAAUUUUGGCUAAGCUCAUAUUUCAGGCUGGAACAAAAGACAUCGAUAUCUCUUCAUUACAAGAAUUCGAUGAUUUAGUGGAUCUCCUUGUUGAUAGGUCUAUCGGUGGAAUCAAUAAGAAGGAAAGCCCAGAUGAGUACCCAGAUUACAUUGAUGACAACGGAUUGAAUCUCAUACUCAAAGCUUCUUUAAUUGUUAGUCAUGGACAAAGGAAAAAGUUCUGGCAACAAAGAAUGCAUAAAUUCUUUACUUACAGUAACAAGCAAUGGCUACUAGAUCAAUUUAAGUACUGUAAACUUUUCCUUGAAAAGAAUUCAUAUCCAGAGACUCCUGGGAAUAUUCCUAGGAGUUUGAUGAAAUUAGGGCCAUAUAUCUUCCAAAUAGUUAGUAGAGCUAAGAAGAUGAAGACAAUGUAUAUGACUGGAGAUAAAUGGAAUGAUACUUCAAACUCCCCUCAAGAAUCGCAAAAAGACAAACAAUCAACGAUCUCUAUCAUAAACAUCCCAGCUCUUCUCAACGGAAUAGUAAACUUCGAGAGAUUCUGUAGAUCAAUAUGUCAAUUUGAAACUAGAAACGGCGAAAUUGAGCUACCUAAAGACAGUACAAUCUACAAAUCACUCUCAAGUAAGAACUGUCGUGUCUUCAAACAGUUCAUCAGCUCUAAUUUCAGCACAAACUAUACUGCUGUCCAGACACCAUAAUUCCAAAACGGCCAUUUUAUUAUCAGAAAUUAUACA